GCCAUAGUGACCCACUGUAUUCAGCGACUUCCUGUCUUAUGUGACCCUAUUUGGGUCCGCCCAACGAUUUUGGCUAUAAAGUUGCACUGUAUUAAACGACUCACCGUGUUACGUGACUAGCGACCGUGAUUUGAACGGUCCGGAACGGGCUAAGCACUGUUUUUAGCGACUAUGUUAUGAAAGAUAACUCUGUUCCUACUUCCUGUUUCGUUGAAAAAAAUGUCGGAAAGAAAGAAAACACGUAUUGUUUUAGAUCUUCAACAGAAAUAUGAAGCCUUACAAAAAUUGGAUAAAGGAAUACCGGCGUAUAAAGUGGCAGAAGAACUUUGUGUUGGAAAAACACAAAUCCAAAACCUUCGUAAACGUAAAUUGGAAGUAAUUUCGGACUUUGAAAAUAAUGUUCCAUUGAAUUCUAAACGUCGGAGACAUGCAACUGGUAACGAGAAAAUCAAUGACUUAACCUUAACUUGGUUUCAGGAUGCAGUGAAAAGAAAAAUUGUGGUUACAGGUCCUUUGUUAAAAACGAAAGCAUUGGACUUUGCAUCCAAAUUAAAUAUUUUUGAAUUUAAAGCAUCAAAUGGUUGGCUGAAAGCUUCAUUAAGCGCAACAAUAUUUCUUUCGGAAGCAUGAGUGGUGAAAGGGGUGACGUCAAGCAGCAUACAGUGAAUGAAUGGAAAUCUCGACUUCCAGAUCUGUGUAAAGACUAUUCUGCUGAUAACAUUUUUAAUAUGGAUGAAACAGGGUUGUUUUUUCGGGAUACAUCGAGAAAAACUUUCCAUUUUAAAGGUGAUGAUUGUUCCGGCGGUAAACGAUCAAAAGAGAGGAUAACAGUUGCUCUCUGUGCCAGUUUAACUGGUGAAAAGUUAAAGCCUCUUGUCAUAGGCAAAUCAAAGGAGCCUAGAUGUUUUAAAAGAAUUAGGAAAGAACAUUUACCUGUUGAUUAUUAUUUUAACAAAAAAGCUUGGAUGACUGGUAAAAUUUACCAAGACUUUCUCAAAAAUGUUAAUCGGAAAAUGAAAAUGGAUAAAAGAAAGAUUCUUCUGUUUGUUGAUAAUGCCCCGUCACACCCAAAUAUGGAUCUGAGCAACGUCAAGGUCCAGUUCCUGCCACCUAAUACGAGGGUUGUUCAAAAAGUAAUAGGACUGGGAGUCUUGCGUAUUCAAAUUUCAUUCAAUUUAGAAUAUUUUCAUAUGUACAGCGAUCGUAAAAUGUUUUCUACAAUUCAAACAUAUUUUUUUUAAUCUAUUGUGCUAAACGCGUGUGUCCUGUGCUUUUGAAUAACCAUGGUAACACGCACCCGGCGCAGCACAUAAAUAUAGUUAUUGGAGCUACGUUGUACUUCUAAUUUAUUCAUGAAUAACUAUCUGCUUUUCCCUGUAUUUCAUCAAAACAUUGAAAUAUAUUUAUGUGACAUUAUGUCCAAAUUUGACGUCAUUCGGACAUGAAAUGGCCUAAUUAUUAAGUUUCGAACAGCAGCGGUCAUAGUGUUAGUUGUAGAAAUAUGACAUUCGUUAACAAACUGAAAAUGUGUGCGAUCGUUAAAUUUUGCCAACAGAUUGACUAUAAUCAUUCAGAUACACACAAAAUGGUAAAAUUAACAAAGGACAAUUAUCCUGCCAUCAGGACACUCGUUUUCAGCUGGCACAAGCAAUUCAAAAACUACGAAUGCAAGAUCACUAACGGGAAAGGGCGGCGAGGAUGAAAGUUGAAAAUUGACUGGACGUUAGUGACGUCAAUUUCAAAAGCGCUACAAAAGAAUCCACGGUAAACGGUACGCGAACUGUUUCUCGUUGUUUGUAUCUUCUUCGGGUCUACUUAUUCUGUUUUAUCGAAAUGAUUGUAAAUAAGACAUUUGCUAUAAACAUUUUUUUUGUAUUUAACUAGAUAUACGUGUAAUCAAUAAAUUAAUGUAAUAAUUAACGGUAAUAAUUGGUAGUGUUUUCCAAACUUGUAUUGAUACACGAUAGACUGUGCUAAGUAUAAAAGGAUACUUUUCAAUUCAUAAAUAUUGUUAUUGUUCUGUAUAUAAUCAUAUUGUUUUAAAAACAUACGAUGACAUGAGUAAAUUAAUAUCAUAAAUUGCUUUUGCAUUAACAUUUAAAGUCCUACUGAGUUCCAAGGUUACUCAAAAAACACGAGAAAACCCGGAGAAUGGCCGGCUAUCGGGCAUUUGUUUUUUUAAACAGUGGAACGAGAAUGUGAUCGCUUUUUUUCUUGCUUCAUCUCCACAUAUGAGGCCAAGCAAAAGUUGCAUGAUUCAUACACCUAGAGACUAGGGGAACUACUUUCAAAAAGAAUGACGCUUGUUACAAUUUCUAUUUAUUUUACAACGUCAUGAACGUCAAUAAUGGUAUUGUUAGCGUGCGCCGCAAUUCGUACCCCUUGUCAUUUGAAAAUUUCACAGAUUUUUUAUUUCUGAACAUUUUGUAUUGAAUUUUUCACUGUAUAUAGAGAACAUGUUCCGAUAUUUGUUUCGUGUAAAACUGUGUACGUAAAUUAAAAAAUGUUAACGGUAGAGCUGCAGUCCUAUUACUUUUUGAACAACCCUCGUAC